GUGGUGAAGCGCGGCUCGUUCGUACCGUUCUUUGAGUUUGUCCGCUGUACAGCGAUUUUUUGAGCGUGUGUUUAGUGAAGUGUUGUACUGAUUGUAGCUGGAAAUGGCAGAUGAAAAGAAAGAUCCCAAGGGCUCGGAGUCGGAGCAUAUCAACCUGAAGGUGCUGGGUCAAGAUAAUGCUGUGGUGCAGUUCAAAAUCAAAAAACAUACUCCUUUGAGAAAGCUGAUGAACGCCUACUGCGAUCGAGCGGGCCUUUCCCUGCAAGUCGUGCGGUUCCGUUUCGAUGGUCAGCCGAUCAAUGAGAACGACACCCCAACCACACUCGACAUGGAGGAGGGCGACACAAUCGAGGUGUACCAGCAGCAGACGGGUGGAUCCGACACCCGCACUAAGUAGACGCGGAACACUCCACUCCAUAAAUUUUAAGUGAUUUGAUUUUUCAUUUUUACUAUAUUAACUAUUCACUACAAUCUCUAACCUUCCCUUAGACGCACGGUCUCAUUCUAGAGCGCUUAGAAACAUUACUUAGAGGGAGGUUAUUAACAAAAAAGCGACAACAGAUAGAGUUCAAAGCGCGCGACCGUAUCCAUUUUCUCACUAUGAUUUUCGCUAGUUGAGGUUACAUAGCCAGGUAUAGAAUUAUGGCAUUAGCUUAGUUCACCCGCAAGCUGUAAAAUUCGAAUCAUUAGCGCGGGCACGCAUGCACGUAUCAUGAAUUAAUUUCUCAACAUCUGAACUUCAGAGCGAAUGCGAAAAUAGUAGGCUACAUUUGUGCGUACAAAAUGUCGCUCCUUGAACUCCCUGUGUCAUCAAUCUAAACAAUAAAUAAGUAUGUUUAUUAUCUAUAUUCGUGUCAUGGAAUUCUCGUGCGGGCGUCACUCAUCUUGGUUUUACCGGACGGGAUGAAGAAAUAUUUAUUAGGACGGAAUAAAUCAUAUAUAUAGUUAACGACAUUGUGUCAGGUGGUCAUUUAUUUACAUUUUAUCUCAUAUUGUAAAUAGCGUAUAUAUUUUCUUCAAUUGUAAUGCAAAGCAUUCCGAGGAAAACCAGCCUUCAGCCAUGGUGUGGGUUUAUUUCUACAAUAAAGCCUGAUGCAUUUCGUCAACA